CUAGAGCCAUGAACUUCCAGGCGGGCGGGGGGCAGAGCCCGCAGCAGCAGCCGAGUCUGGCGGCGCCGGGGGGCGGCGGCGGUGGCGGCGGCGGCGCGGGGGGCGGCGGGCAGUUCGGCGGCGCGGGGCCGGGGGCCGGGGGCGGCGGCGGCCCCUCGCAGCAGCUGGCCGGAGGGCCCCCCCAGCAGUUCGCGCUCUCCAACUCGGCAGCCAUCCGGGCCGAGAUCCAACGCUUCGAAUCCGUGCAUCCCAAUAUCUACGCCAUCUACGACCUGAUCGAGCGCAUUGAGGACUUGGCGCUGCAGAACCAGAUCCGGGAGCACGUCAUCUCCAUCGAGGGUGAGCGGAGCCGGGGUCUGCGGGAGCUGGGGCGCGGUGGCCCGGUUCGGCCACGCUCUCCCCGUCUGGGGUCGUCGCUACCCCAGGGCGUGAGGGUGGUGUCGCCCCGGGGACAGGUGCGCUCAGAGCCGCAGAGAAAGAGGGCCGCAGAGGAACCGGCCUCAGUCCAGAUAGGGGACAGCCUGGGCACAUGGAACGUGCAGAUGCUGGGCCAAGGUGAACUCAGGAUCUGCGGGCCUGCCACCGUGGGCGCGGGCUGGGGAGUGUUCGGGACUGGGGAUUACAUGCAGAACAUCCACGGCAAGGAGAUCGACCUGCUGCGGACGACAGUGAAAGUGCCAGGGAAGCGCCUGCCCCGAGCCACGCCUGCCACAGCCCCAGGCACCAGCCCCCGGGCCAACGGGCUGGCCUUGGAGCGGAGUAACACGCAGCUGGGCGGGGGCACAGGUGCCCCCUACAUGGCCAGCAGCCCGGCCUGGGCGGCUGGCCCUCGCCCUGAGGGGCUGCACCAGCGCUCCUGCUCCGUUUCCAGCGCCGACCAGUGGAGUGAUGCCCUGCCCCCAGCCAGUGGCCCAGCUGAGGUGCUCAGUUCCAGCCCCAAGCUGGAGCCUCCCCCAUCUCCCCACUCCAACCGGAAGAAGCACCGGCGGAAAAAGAGCACCGGGACCCCCCGACCAGACGGCCCCAGCGGUGCUGCUGAAGAGGCGGAGGAGUCCUUCGAGUUUGUGCUGGUGUCCCUCACCGGGCAGACGUGGCACUUCGAGGCCUCGACAGCGGAGGAGCGGGAGCUGUGGGUGCAGAGCGUGCAGGCCCAGAUCCUUGCCAGCCUGCAGGGCUGCCGCAGCGCCAAGGACAAGACUCGCGUGGGGAACCACAACGCGGCCCUGGCCGUGCAGGCCGUUCGCACCGUUCGCGGCAACAGCUUCUGUAUUGACUGCGACGCCCCCAAUCCAGACUGGGCCAGCUUGAACCUGGGUGCCCUGAUGUGCAUUGAGUGCUCAGGGACCCAUCGACACCUGGGGGCUCACCUCUCCCGCGUCCGCUCCCUUGACCUCGAUGACUGGCCACCCGAGCUGCUGGCUGUCAUGACCGCCAUGGGCAAUGCCCUGGCCAACAGUGUCUGGGAGGGGGCCCUGGAUGGCUAUGCGAAGCCUGGGCCCGACGCCUGCCGAGAGGAGAAGGAGCGCUGGAUACGGGCCAAGUACGAACAGAAGCUCUUCCUGGCCCCGCUGCCGAGCUCGGACGUGCCGCUGGGACAGCAGCUGCUCCGGGCCGUGGUGGAGGACGACCUGCGGCUGCUGGUGAUGCUUCUGGCCCACGGGUCCAAGGAGGAGGUGAACGAGACCUACGGCGACGGGGAUGGGCGGACGGCUCUCCAUCUCUCCAGCGCCAUGGCCAACGUCGUCUUCACACAGCUGCUCAUCUGGUAUGGGGUGGACGUGAGGAGCCGGGACGCCCGGGGCCUGACUCCACUGGCCUACGCCCGUCGGGCCGGUAGCCAGGAGUGCGCGGACAUCUUGAUCCAGCAUGGCUGCCCUGGGGAGGGCUGUGGCUUAGCACCUACCCCCAACAGAGAGCCUGCCAAUGGCGCCAACACCUCUGCUGAGCUGCACCGAAGUCCUAGCCUUCUAUAAGGCCCAGGAAGAGGGCACAGGGGCCAGAAGGACUCCAUGGCCUGGGGCCCCUCCUCCCUACACGCACUGGGGGGAGCCAAGACAGAGAAAGGAAGGAGGAGAGGAAAUGAGGAAGAGUCAAACAGAAGAAGAGCCAAAUGAGAAAGACAGAGGGACCAGAGGAGACAUCUGGGAUUUGAGCUGCAGCAGAGGGGGAGUGGAGGUAUUUUAGCCCUCUACCCCACGGUGCCACUGAAAAGGGACAGGACCCUUUGGAGGUACCUGUGAGGAGAGGGGAGCAGGACCUCUCCCUCCUCCAGAUUCCUACCUUCUCCUGCCAGCCCCCUGCAAGCCUUCAUCCUAAAACGGAGCCUGGACGGAUAGGGCACAGGUUGGGGGGUGCUGGAUGAAAGAGACGAGGGGGUGAUCUGUGAGUCCGUGUAAAUUUGUACAUUGGAGUAUUUAUGUUUGUGUACAUAUCUGGUGUGUGUGAUGAGCCAGUAAACCAGACUGUGCGUGGC